AUGUGUUUCUUAGUUUCAGUUGACACCCGCAAUAUCUUUACCAGCCAUCUUCAUGCUGCUUUACUUCGGAAGAAAAUUGUGACCUACAUAGAUUAUAAACUUGAGAGAGGAGACGAAAUUGGACCUGCCCUUCUUGAAGCAAUCGAAAAAUCAAAGCUUACGAGCAUCGAUCCAUCAGAUGUAAGAAAACAGCAGGGGAGUUAUGCAGAUGCCUUUGCUCAACUUGAAGAACGUUUCAAGGACAGUAUCGACAAGGUGCUCAAUUGGAACGAUGCUUUGACGAAAGUAGCCAGUAUUUGGGGCAUGCCUGGUAUUGGCAAGACCACCCUUGCCGGUGCUGUGUUUAACAGACUCUCUACUAAGUUCGAGGCUUGUUGUUUUCUUGCAAAUGUAAGGGAGGAAUCAGAAAGUCAUGGACUAAAUCAGUUGCGAAAUAAACUUCUUCGUAUGUUAUUAGAGGAAGAAAAUCUAAACAUUGAGACUCCAUCUGUGGGAUCAAAUUUUGUUGGAGAGAGGCUUGCCUGUACAAAGGUCCUCAUUGUCCUCGAUGAUGUGAACAAUCUAAACCAACUAGAACUUUUAGCUGGAGAUCAGGACCAGUUUGGCCCCAGAAGUAGAAUUACCAUUACAGCUAGAGAUAGGGUCCUACUUAAGGAAAGGGUUGAUGAUGAGAAUAUACAUAAGAUUAAGAGAUUAUGUUUUGAUGAGGCUCUUCAGCUCUUACAUUUGAAUGAUUUCAAAGGUAACUCUCCUGCAACAAAUUAUGCAGAGUUGUCGAAAGUGGUUUUAGAUUAUGCUGAUGGCAAUCCAUUAGCUCUUAAAAUUUUGGGUUCCUCGUUCCUUAUUGCAAGAGCAAAGAAGAUUGGGAAGAUGAAUGGAACAAAUUGA